AUGGAGUGCGAUAAAUUAUUCCAGAUGGCCAUUUACGGCUGCUCUGAUGUAGAGCAUAUAUUUGAUCGUUUUUUUGGAUUUCUUCAAAGAUAUACCGAUGUGUACCACACGAUGAUUGAACCUAAUGAUUAUGAUUCUACAUUUAUGGCUUCGAUAAAAGAGAUCAACAGUAAAGGGUUUCCCCCCGGUCAUGUUAGAAAAUUGGUCUCCAAAAUGUUUGAUAAGUAUACAUUUAAAUACAUGUCGGAAAAUCAGCCUUAUUUGCUUAAAUGUAAUAGGCUUAGGGAUAAGUACACAACUCUUUCUAACAUUAUUAUCAACGAAAGUGAUAAAUAUGUCACUGCUAAAUUAGACACGGUUAAAAAGGAGCGUGCAAGAGAAUUCAAUAAGAUAGAUAAAACAACUAACGAUACAAAAUCUCAAUCAGCUAGUUUUACUAUUAAUUCACAAAUUCCUACCAGCGUGUCAAAAAAAUACACUAAUACUCACAACGGCGGCAUAACCGAUAACUAUUGCUGGUCACAAACAAUCAGUGACGUUAUAAUUGAGAUAGAUUGUAAACAAUUGGUAUCAAAAAAUGAUGUAACAGUGAAAAUAAGCCCAACCAAAUUGCUAGUAAAAACGCCAAAAUUCAAAAUUGAGGGUACUUGGUGUCGUAAUAUUGUAAACGACAAUGAAUUUAAUUGGUUCAUACAGGACAAAUGUGUUAUUGUCAUAUCAGUAGAUAAGGCGGAAGAGAGUUGGUGGGAUUGUCUACUCAAGGGAGAUGCCACAAUUGACACCCAGCAAAUUGAAUCUGUUAAAAUGUUAUCAGAUUUGGACGAGAAGUCGCAGCAUUUUAUUUGCAAUGCACUUUCAGGAAAAACUGAACAAAAUACAGCUAACUACCCAUUUAUUGAUAAUGGGCUAUUUAAAUCUUGA